AUGGCCAUUAAAACAAGUCUUGUUUACAACAUUGUUCUUUGGCAGCUGCAUUUGCUUCUAUUACUAUCAUGUCAUGACUUGAACUUGGCUAAUGCUGCAGGUGGCAAAUGGGAUUUACUUAUGCCCAACAUUGGCAUUUCCGCCAUGCACAUGCAACUCCUCAACAACGAUAGAGUCAUCAUGUACGAUCGUACUGACUUUGGUGCAUCCAACAUCCCCUUGCCUGAUGGCAAAUGUCGUAACAAUCCUAAAGAACUCGCCUUGAAAGUCGAUUGCACUGCCCACUCUGUUGAAUACGACGUGUCCACUAAUUCAAUACGACCUCUCAUGGUCCAGACCGACGUGUGGUGCUCCUCGGGCUCUGCCACCUCGGAUGGUUCGUUGGUCCAAACUGGUGGAUUCAAUGAUGGUAAACUUAUGGUGAGAACUUUUAACCCAUGCAACACUUGUGAUUGGCAAGAAAUGGGAGAUGGACUAGUUCAAAGUCGAUGGUAUUCCACCAAUCAUAUUCUUCCUGACGGAAGCCAAAUUAUAAUAGGAGGCCGUGAUGCUUUUAACUACGAGUUUUUUCCCAAAACUGCUUCAACCAACAACGUAUUUAGUCUACCUUUCCUUCAACAAACUAAUGUUCCUAGAGAGGAAAACAAUUUAUACCCAUUUGUUUUUCUUAACGUCGAUGGGAAUUUAUUCAUUUUCACCAACGAUCGAGCUAUAUUGCUCGAUUACACAACAAAUACGAUAGUGAAAACGUACCCACAAAUACCCGGUGGUGACCCAAGAAACUAUCCAAGUACGGGUUCUGCAGUUCUUCUUCCUUUAAAGAACUUACGUUCACAAACAGUGUUUGUUCAAGCUGAGGUUUUGGUGUGUGGUGGAGCACCAAAAGGCUCAUACCUCAGAGCAACAAAAGGGGAUUUUGUGGGUGCAUUAAAUACUUGCGGGCGGAUUACAAUUACCGACCCGAAUCCACAAUGGACCAUGGAGACCAUGCCACUACCUCGAACAAUGGGUGAUAUGGUAAUUCUACCAAACGGUAACGUUUUGAUUGUUAAUGGAGCCGCGACGGGUACAGCUGGAUGGCAAAUUGCAAGGAACCCGGUUUUGAGUCCGGUGAUUUACCGACCCGAUAACCCAUCUGAUUCUAGAUUCGAGGUACAAACCCCGAAUGCCAUACCUAGAAUGUACCAUUCAACAGCCGUUCUACUCCGAGAUGGUCGGGUUCUCGUCGGCGGUAGCAAUCCAAAUGAGCUUUACAAUUUCACUGGAGUAGUUUUUCCAACUGAGUUAAGCUUAGAGGCAUUUUCACCAUCUUAUCUGGAUGCGGAAUUUGCUAAUCUACGACCACAAAUCAUUUCUCCUGAUUCACAUCUUAAAUUCACGUAUGGACAACGUGUUGACAUUCGAUUUACUGCUUUAGGAUUACUAAAUCGAGAUUCGAUCAAAGUGACUAUUGUUGCACCGGGUUUUAAUACACAUUCGAAUACGAUGAAUCAAAGAAUGUUGGUACUUCCAAGAGGAAUUGUACGACAAGUAGGACGAUUUGUGUAUGAAGUGAGUUGUGUAUUUCCGAAUUCGGGUAAAUUAGCACCACCCGGUUACUAUCUUCUAUUUGUGGUUCAUCAGGACAUCCCAAGUGAGGCAAUUUGGGUCAGGGUCAAUUAA